GUUAUUUGGUUGUAAACGAUUUCUGUAGCGCGUUAGCAUAGUUUAGCUUGUCUUCCAAUUCACGCUUGAAUAGUGGACUGACAGUCGGACUUGUUUCAGUGCAAACCUUUUACCUUCAUCUGUCGCUGCCGCUCAGUAAAGAGCAGGAUGGAAAAAGAUGAGGCUCCCACUAAGCUUUCUGGACGAGAAGCGCGCAAGCAGAAGCUGAUGGAGUAUCUCGCCAGAAAGGGCAGGCAGAAUGCUCCUGAUCCCAGAUCAUACCUUCAGCAGAGCUCCACUAACUCUAAAAAGCUCACUGACACUUUUGUGAAGCCUCCCACUUCUAUCAGGGGAAAGGAGAACCAAUCUGACCCUCCCAGACCGAAGCCAGUUGUGACCUCAGCCCGGCCUGCUGGGGGAACCGGCAGGACUUCGCUUCAGGCUGCUGGGUCAUCCUACGCUGCCUCCAGUACCAGGACAUGCGCAACAGCACGUUGCUCACGGCAUAGUGCAGCCGAUCAGCUAACCACUCAUCCUCACACAGUCAGAAGUCCCACUGCGUCCCACCCCAAGACUGCUAGCAACUCCACCGCCAAUCCUGACAUCAGCUGUCCUGCUAGAGACACCCGGCAGCCAGCGGGGCUCCAGAGCGCGACCCGGCAGCCAGCGGGGCGCCAGAGCGCGGCCCGGCAGCCAGCGGGGCUCCAGAGCGCGGCCCGGCAGCCAGCGGGGCUCCAGAGCGCGGCCCGGCAGCCAGCGGGGCUCCAGAGCGCGGCCCGGCAGCCAGCGGGGCUCCAGAGCGCGGCCCGGCAGCCAGCGGGGCUCCAGAGCGCGGCCCGGCAGCCAGCGGGGCUCCAGAGCGCGGCCCGGCAGCCAGCGGGGCUCCAGAGCGCGGCCCGGCAGCCAGCGGGGCGCCAGAGCGCGGCCCGGCAGCCAGCGGGGCGCCAGAGCGCGGCCCGGCAGCCAGCGGGGCGCCAGAGCGCGGGCCCCCUGGAUAGAAGGACCCAAAAUACUGCAGUUGGACAGCCAAACACCACAGUUAUGGCCCCUACUGUCCCUGGCUCCAAACUAAGCAAACCUGACCUUGCUUUAGACAUGACAAGGUUGAGACCUUUUAAUGACAGAAAGGCUUUACCUAAACCCGCUCUGCCGCGAGUCCGGCAGCCAGCCGAAUCAGGUCCAGGUGCCAAAACAGGUUCCAGGGCCAGAAUCACGCCACUGGCAAGGGGACGGCAGUCCGGCCCGGCCGAGCCACGCUCUGAAGCCUCAGCUCUGCACAGAGUGGUGCAGCAGGCAGUGGCUGGGCUGGACAGGAAGGUAGGCUGCAGGGUUGUUCCCCCACAUGUCGAUGGGGCUAGAAACGGGACCCUGGCAGCGAGCAGAGUGGAUCGAGUGCCUGUCACCUCUGCCCCAGGGCAGGGCCGGAGAAAGCUGACCACGGCACAGGAGGAGAGACUGCAAAAGCUUCAGGAGUGGCGAGAGGCAAAGGGCAUCUCUUAUAAGCGCCCCCCCAUGCCCAUGAGACCUUGCAGGAAGAAGGAGGUCGACCCUCCCUGCUACUGGCCCACCAUGGAGAAGGAGGAUGAGGUCCACCGCCUUGUCUCCAGCAUCGACAGCUCGCUGACAGACUGCAUGCAGCUGCUGGAGGAGGGCUGUCCCACGGAGCGUGUGACCGAGCUGCUCUCUCGACUGCCAAUGGCUCACAAGUUCGCCAAGUACUGGAUGUGCCAGGCACGGAUCCUUGAGCGGGAGGGGAACCUGGAGGUGCUGCCGCUGUUCGAGGAGGCUGUGCGCGUGGUGCUGGAGCCCGUGGAUGAGCUACGCACCAUGAUAUACGAGAUACUUAAGAAAAAAGAAGCUCAGACUCUAGAAGCAGAAACUGGAGAACAGACAGAUCUGCAGGACGGGGCCCAGGAGAAGUCAGGCGCCGUCCCUGUCACACCUCGAGCCACCAGUGUCCUUAUUCGGGGGGCCAAAGGGGGCUCCUCUGUGGUGAAGUACAAGAUCACAGCCACCCCAGGAGCCCAAAAGUGUCAGCAGCAGGAGCCCAUGCAUUUGGAUGGUCAAGAGCUGCGAUUCUUCACCCCGGUACGGCGCUCCGUGCGUAUCGAGAGGUCCGUCCGGCGGUAUCCCUCAGCCCUGCGUGAGCACGACCCUUGUGUGACCUCCCUCAGGGACCUGCUAGCGGAGAAACUCCCUGAGGGCAGAGAGUCUCUCUACAUCUACAGGGAGAAUGAGGCCCUGGGCGAUCAGGUUCAGCUUCAGUUCAGGUCACCGGACGCUCUGUGAUCUCCAUGCUGCCCCCGUGUGGUGAUAUGAUUUUCUCAGCAUCUGCAUGCUGUCCACAUGUACAGUACAUGAUCCAACUGAGAAGCAGUUUGGUUUUGUUUGGAUGGCACUGUCUGCUCCAGCAUUUUUAUGUGCUCUCUGUGUGUAAGGAAAGAAAAAUGUUGUUUUAGUUAUUUAUGUGUUGUGUGUAA